AUGCUUCUUGCGGCGCUUCUCGCGUGCCGCGCCUUCACCGCGGCGCUGUCGCCCGCGCGUGCGCCGCUGCUACUCUCGUCGCCGCGUGUUGCGGCGGCGGCCGUGUCGGGUGGCCGCACACUUGCGCCUCGCCUGACGGGCGCAGCUGUGGCCCGCGGCGAGGAUGUCGCCGGGAGCCGUCCCCAGAUUGUCGCGGAGGAGGACGUCCUCGCCUACGUCGACUCGGUCCUCGCCGCCGACGCCGCCAUCAACCACCCGCUCAUCCCUGACAAGGUCGAGCGGCGGAUGUACGGAUUGGUCGUGCGGGUGGUGCUGCGCUCGCUCUCGAUCGGGCUAGGCGCGCUGGACGAGAGCGUGCUGCUCGGCCGCGUGCUGCGCGUCCGCCUCGAGCCGAGUAGAGAAGUAACUGCGCGCGACGCCGCUAUGCUCGAGGCGGUGGCGGCGCAGGCGGCGGCGCGGCAGCCCGUGCUGGACAAGGUGCUGGACCGCGUCCUCUACGCCAACGUCGUGCGUUUCGCGCUGCGGCUGCUCUCGGACAUGCUCCUCUCCACCUCGGACAUGCUCCUCUCCACCUCGGACGAGGUGGAGAAGACCUUCGGCCCGCUCGUCGACGAGCUGCUACGAGACGACCGGAUCAACCUGCGUCUCGUCGCCGACGGCCUCGAGCGCUCCACGUACUUGGGCGUCGUGCGCGCGCUGCUUGGGGUGGGGGCCGCCGUCGCGGGACAGGCGAGGGUGGACGCGUUCGGCCUCGCCGUGAGCGCGUCGCUGCGAUGA